AUGAGUUAUAAAGUUCCCGUAGAGCAACAACAAAAACUUAAGAAUAAAAAAUUUAUUUUACAAAGAUGGUUUUACGCUUUAGUAGGAAUUUUAACAAUGAUUCCAAUUAUUCUACUUACACUUGAACAAAUUCGAAAUAUGGAACGAGACAAUAAUGAAUUCGCUAUAUAUCUUUUAUUUCUUGUUCAUUCAGGAUGUAUCAUUGUUACUAUGAUUGCAACAGCUUUAUUUUGUCGUAUAUCCGAUGGACUUUUAACAACUUUGACUAUUAUUCUUCUAUUGGCAUACACUGGUAUACACUUUUAUAUUCGAUUUUUGUUUGAUCAUCAUAAUUCCUAUCCUAAAAAUGAUUUUACUGUGGUUACUCUUCGAUUAGGUUUUGCAUUGAUUAUGUUCAUUAUGUUAGUACCGUGGACGGGUAUUAUAACUUAUUCAUAUAGAAUGAACACUAAAAAGGAAACUAUUUGCUCUCGAGCAGCAAUAUUUUCUUGGUUUCUAAACUUCGAUGCAAUGUUAAUUAUCUCUCUCUUGACGCUAAACAUUCGUAGUCAAGCAGAUUUCGAUCGAAACCAAUUACUUGUACUAUUCAUUGGAAUUCCGCUUAUUUUUCUAUGGUUUUUAAUGGGAAAACUUAUGAGUAAGAAUAAAUCUCGUAAUGGAAUAGUAUGGACUACGUUCUAUAUAUUAACAAUAGUGCAAAUCGCUCAUAUAGCAUAUGUAACAUAUUGGUCUAAAUAUGAAUAUGAUUUAUUAUCAAAAGCAAAUGCUACGAUUUUAAUGCCAUUGCUUAUUAUCACAUUUAUUUGUGGUGGUACAAGUAUUCUUGUUCAUUUCCUGACAAUAAUAAUUAGUUCUUCUCUAUGUUGUACAUAA